AUGGGCAAGCGCAACAGAGAGGCAUUGUUGCCAACUCAUCUUCCUCAACUUCAAAACUUGAUCAAGCGUGAUCCCAAGUCCUAUGAAGCCGAGUUUCUCCAACAGUACCGACAUUUCCAGUCCUCUCUGGCCAUCUUUUGCCUUAAGCCAGAUGAGGAAGCAAAGGAACUCUCAGAUCUCGUCAUGUUCAUGAGCCACGUUCUCCAAUGCUACCCUAAAGAAACUGCCGGUUUUCCUGAGCAGAUUGUUGAUAUCCUCAAGGAGCACUGCAUGGUGCUCCAUCCCGAAGUCCGCAAGACACUUGUCCAGGCUUUGAUUCUCAUGCGUCACAGAGGUGUUAUCGAUAACACUCGUCUGCUCCCCCUCUUUUUCACUCUCUUCAAAUGCAAGGAUAAACACUUGCGUGAACAACUCUACACCCACAUUGUCACAGAUAUCAAGACCUCGAAUGCAAAGGCGAAAAACAAUAAACUCAACAAAACCCUCCAGUCAUAUAUGUUCACCAUGCUUGAAUCAGCAAAGACAGGAAACAGCGAAGAGAACGCAAUUGCAGCAAAGAAGAGUAUAGAUAUUUGCAUUGAUUUGUACAACAAAAACGUUUGGAACGAUGCAAAGACUGUCAAUGUUAUUGCUGAGGCCUGUUUCUCGCCCGUACCAAAGAUCGCAGUUACUGCAAUCAAAUUCUUUUUGACUUCAGAUGAGCAUGAAGAAGAAGAGAGCGACGACGAAGAGGUAAGAAAAAAAAAACAAAAAAUAGGGCAGAUAAAAAUGCAACAAGCCAACGUAGUCAGUAAAAAAACUAAGUCCAAGGCCCGUAAAAUGGAUGCUGCCAAGAAGAAGAUCAAGCGUAAGAGUAAGGCAAAAGAAAAGUCUGAGGUCUUCAACUUUUCUGCUCUUCACUUGUUGAACGAUGCUCAAGGUUUUGCGGAGAAGUUGCAUUCAAAGCUGGCUUCAAAGGAGGAUCGAUGGGAAAUCCGUGUGAUGAAGAUGAACCUUGUAUCUCGUGUUAUUGGUCUUCACCAGCUUAUUAUUCUCGGUUUCUAUCCCAUGUUGAUCAAAUACCUCCAGCCUUCCCAGAAGGAUGUCACUAUGGUCCUUGUCAGUGCUGCACAGGCAAGUCAUCCUCUUGUCCCUCCGGAUGUUCUCGAGACCGUAUUGAAAGCCAUCGCCAACAACUUUGUUACUGACAGAGUAGCAAAUGAAGUUAUGGCUGUUGGUCUCAACGGUAUUCGUGAAAUCUGUGCUCGUCAGCCUUUGGCUAUCGAUGUCACUCUUCUCCAGGAUUUGACGCAGUAUAAGAACCAUCGUGACAAGAGUGUGAUGAUGGCAGCACGCUCCCUGAUUGCUCUCUUCAGAGAAAUCAACCCCGAGAUGCUCAUGCGUAAGGACCGUGGCAAGACUGCUACUGUCCGUAUGAAGGAUGGAAGCAUCAAGACUGUUCAGUAUGGUUCUGCUAGUUCACUUGGUGUCGAAGGUUUCCAGGGUAUUGAGUUACUCGAGGAGGCAGAUAUUGCAGAAGAUGAGAAUGCUGGAUGGGAAGGAUGGGAAGAAGAAGAAGAAAGUGACAGUGACGAAGAUGGUUGGAUCAAUGUUGGCGAUGGCGAUGAACCAGUUACUAUCGCUAUGAGUGACGAUGAAGACGAGAAGCCAGCCACCACAAAGACCGAGGGCGAUCAGCCAAAGACACGCCGUAUUGAUGCAGCGAUGAGAUUGGCAAGCACACGUAUUCUGACACCCGCAGAUUUUGCCAAAUUGAACGAACUCAAGGUUGCAAAUGAAGCUGAGAUCAUCGUCAAGGGCAAGAAGAGACCAGCUGAAGAGAGGUUAGUAGACGAAUUUGCUAUUCUCGGACCUCGUAAGAAGGCCAAGCAAGAUUAUGAAGAGAGAAUGGCUUCUAUUCAGGAGGGCCGCGAGGGCCGCGAGAAAUUCGGAUCAAAGAAGGGUAACAAGGACAGAGGCAGCACAACCAACCGUGAGAAGUCACGAAACAAGAACUAUGUGAUGAUUGCACACAAACGCGACGUCGUAAUGAAGGCAAAGCGAAGUAUGAAGGACAAGCAGGUCGCACAUCGGGCGGCUAUAGAGAAGCAGAAGAAA